AUGCAGCAAGAACCGAAUCCCAGACCCGCCACUGGGUAUCCAUAUCCGCAUCCUUACCCGGACCCGCCGCAACAACCCGCCGCUUCCGCUAACGGUUACCCUCCCAACGCCGGGACCGCUUAUCCAUACCAAAACCACAACCCUUACUACGCGCCGCAGCCAAAUCCACGCGCCAUCCUACUCCGCCGUCUCUUCAUCGCCUUCCUCGUCUUUAUUUUAAUCUUAGGACUCAUCCUCUUCAUCCUCAUGCUCGUUUUCCGUUCCCAGUAUCCCGACGUCUACAUCAACUCCCUCUCCGUGUCCAAUUUCAACGUCUCCAACAAUCACCUCAGCGGAAAAUGGGAUCUACAGCUCCAAUUUCGAAACCCUAAUUCCAAGAUGUCGCUUCAAUACGACACCGUCUUCCUCACUCUGUAUUACCACCGCCCCAGCCGUAUCUCUCUCUCCGAUACGCGUUUACAGCCUUUCGAUCAAGGGACGAAAGAUCAGACUCCGGUUAACGCUACUCUCUCUGUCGCCGGGACUUACGUCGACGGUAGAAUGACUAAUUCGAUUUUGGAAGAUCGAUCUGGAGGAAGGGUAGAGUUCGAUUUGAGGAUUGAUUCUACGGUUACUUUCCGGUAUGGAGCUUUUCGGAGGAGGAGAUACGUCAGGAGUUACUGCGAUGAUGUGGCGGUUGGUAUUCCGGCGAGUAGGGGUUCAGGGGAGAUGAUUGGUCCGUCAAAGAGAUGCAAAUCUUAUUGA